AGGUAACCGGUUAAUUAGAACGUGGAACUCUGCCACGUAAUUUUUGUCGUCAGAAGUGAACAGUGAUAUAAAACAGAGCAAACGAGUGAAGAAAAAAUGUCUGAUUGCGAGAUUGAGAGAUCACUUAUAGAGUCUCAGGUGAUUCCGAAGGUGAAAGUGGAGCCUCAUCACAUUUACAGUUUGCACCAGGAAUCAAGAAACAACUUAGUUUUUUUGGAUGAGAAAACCAUCAUUUUUCCUAGUGGAAACAAUUGUGUGAUCUACAAUGUCCAUAAGCAUGUGGCUAAGUUUAUUCGAGGACUAAUGCUAUACCAACAUGAGCAACAGGGCAUACGUGCUCUGGCUAUUAGCCCUGACCGGCGCUACCUGGCUGUGUCAGAAAGCGGAAUACAGAGCACUGUCUCUGUCUAUGACUUACAAAGUGAGGAGUGCACUAGUGUGCAGAUACUUAUGGCCAAUGGCUUCAGCAUCCAGGAGUUUGUCUGUAUGGCAUUUUCUGCUGAUUCCAAGUACAUACUGUGCCAGGCUGGAGGACCCGAGUGGAACCUCUUUUACUGGGAGUGGGAGAAGGACAAGCUCAUUGCCAUCGUAGAGACCACAAAGCUUGGCUUCGUCAAUCAGGUCAGCUUUAAUCCAGUGGACAACACACAGAUUUGUGUGAGCGGAAGUUACGUCUUCAGCGUUUUCAAACUAGAGAAUGACUGCCUGAAAAAGAUCAGCAUGUUUACGGUUGACUGUGAAUGCAUCAAGUCUCAUGCUUGGCUGUCUGGGGAUAGCAUUGUCUUAGGGACGAAAACAGGAAACCUCAUGCUGGUGAAGGAAGGAAUGUUGUUUAGUCUGACGAGUCCUUCUGAGAGGCAAAUGGGGAAUAGCGACACUUCAUCUACAUCUGCACUGCUGGGUAUCACUGUCAUCACGGCAUACUCGAAAGGCUUUGCCUGUGCAGGCAGCCUGGGGGAAGUUUGUAUCUAUGAGAAAACUGGGGUGUAUGGCUAUACAAAAACCCUGGUAAUAAAAAUUCCUCAGGACCCGUGCAGCAGUGAGCCGAGUGUGUCGGCACAGCAGGAGGUCAAAUCAAUGUGUCUGAGCCCCUCAGAGGAGACGCUGGCCAUAAGCACACGGCAAGGCCAGAUCUACCACGUCAACCUCACCUCUGUCGAGAAUAGCCAGAGUAAGCUGGCCAACUUCGAGUACCUGUUUCACUUAAUUCACUCAGGGAGCAUCACAGAUCUGUCGGUCUGCUUCUUCAAACCCCUCUUCGCCACCUGCUCAAAGGAUAACUCCGUGCACAUCUGGAACUACAAGACCAAUUCUCUGGAGCUGCAUCAGGAGUUUCCUGAAGAGCCAAACUGUAUCUCACUGCACCCAAACGGCCUCUCCAUUCUGGUGGGCUUCUCUGAUAAAGUCCGCCUCAUGAACCUGUUGGUUGACCAAUUCCGCACUGUACAGGUGUUUGACAUACACAACUGCAGUAAGUGCAUCUUCAACCACGAUGGCAACCUGUUCGCCGCUGUCAGCGAAAACCUGAUAAGCAUCAUCAACUUCAGAACAGGAGGAAAAGUGGAGCUGAAAGGCCACAAUGGCAAAGUGCAGUCAGUGAAGUGGCGUGAAGACGCCUGUCAACUGGUGUCAAAUGGGUUGGACGGCACUGUGUUUGAGUGGAACGCUCUGACAGGUGCCCGGAAGUCUCUAAAGGCACAGAAAUCGUUCUCCUUCACAGACAUGACGUUCUCAGCUAGCAAUAAGAGCAUCAUCUCUGUAGGCGAUUCCAUGCUAAAGGAGUUCCGAGAUGGAGAGGUCCUAAGAGAAAUGACCUCGGUUAACGAGACCUACACAUCCAUCUCCAUGACUCAAUCUGGCCAGGCAGUCUUUGUAGGGACGUCUGCUGGCAUUCUCAGAGUCGCCCAGUACCCGUUUGAAGAGGACAUAUCCUGGAUGGAGCUUCAGGCACAUUCUGGUCCCAUCACCAAUAUGGUCAUCACGCCUGGUGAUCAGUAUCUGUUGACUGCCUCAGAGGACGGCUCCCUGCUCGCCUGGUCAAUCACUGACCAGGAUGGAUGCAAGUUGAGCAUGGUGAAAGAAACAUGCUUUACCGAGGAGGAGGAGGAGGCGGAGGAGGAGAAGGAUGAGGAGGUCCUCUGUAGCAAGGCUUUUCUGGAGAAAAAGGACCAGAGAGUACUUGAGGUUCGUGCCCAGAUGGAGUUGCUAAGGGAGGAGCUGGAUUGCAAGCUUAAUCAGACUCACAUGGACUAUGAGAUAAAGCUUGACAAAGUCAGAGAGUGCUUCCUCAAAGAGAUUGAUGAUCUGAAAGGCGUAAUCCAGAUGUUGAAUACUGAGAUGGAGGAACAGAAGGUUUCUCAGGAGAAGGUCCUGGCUGAGACGAUUGAGAAACAUGCUGAAGAGCUGAAGGAUCAGAGAAAAACGUUUGAAAAAAACUUGUUAAAAUCCUACAACAAUCGGCUUGCGAUGAGGCAGAAAUACGAGCAGAAACUAUGCGAGCAAGAUAAAAACCGUUUCCAGACCAGUAUGGAUAUGAAGCGGGGCUACGAUCAGAGGCUUCAGCAGGAACAGGACAAGACGAGGUACGCUGAAGAGAAGCUAGAGGAACUGCAGGAGAAAGUUGACUCCAACUUCAAAGAUGUCUUACUCCAAAAAGAUCAGGAACUGCAGGCAGAGAAGGAGACCAACGAGCGUCUACAGGAUGAAAUGAAGCUCAUGGAAAAACAGAUAAUGCAGUUCUGGAAGGUAAAAGGAGAGAUUCAGGAGCAGUGCCUUGACCUCAGUCGGCUCGAGGCUAAGGUUAUGGAGAUAAAUGUCAAGGACAAGGAGACAAUUGAACACCUCCAGCAAAACAUAAAAAAACAGGAAGAAGAGCUGUGCAUAGAAAGGAAGCAGGUCAGAAACAUGAAGGCUCUUGUGCAGAGGAUGAAGGCCGACAUCAAAAACUGCUCUAGUUUUGUCGACCAGCCGCACCAGCUGAAGGCAAACUUCAUCAGACUCAAUAAGACCUACAACCAUAAACCAGAUAUGAGAUUCAGGGUGAAGUUUGCAGUCGUUCAAGAGAGCAGGCAGAAGGAAGAGCUGCAAAGUCCAACAGUUUCUCUGGAACAAAAGCAGGCUGUGGAGUCCAAAACUCAGCAAGCAGAUUGCUGCAAGACACUGAAGCAGCUGAUGGAGUUUGAGUCUGAGGAAGCACAGAAGCUCAUGAACAAGGACAGUACAGCUGAGCUCGCUGAAUUAUGCCUCAGAUACAAACAGGAGCUUCAGGCGGAGCUGGAGACCUGCAGCCAACUUAAAUAUGAAAUAAAGCUCAUGGAGAAACAGAUGGUGCAGUUCUGGAAAAUAAAGGAAGAAAUUCAGGACCAGAACCUCGAGAUCAACAUGUUAAAGGAGGAAGUGCAGAGCCUGCAUGACCAGCAUAUGGACGGGAAGAAACUCAGGAAGGAGAAGGAGCAAAAAAAGACCGUCCAGAAGAAGGAAGUCCACUUCCAAGACAUAGUCGAGAUGCACAAGAUGAGCAAAACACAGAACGAGGCGGAUUUAAAAAGGAUCAACAGCCAGUUGGAUGAAAUAUUUAAAGACUGCAAUAAACAGAUGCGACAAACAGCUGAAACUAAUCUUGAGGAAGUGAAGAACAGGAUCGAAGAGAAAAAACUGUUCUUAAAAAAGCUCAAGUCUGAGGUGAAGGAAAUCAACAGCAAGAACCAGGAGACCAUACACAACCUGAAGGAGGAGCUGAAAGUCAAGGAUAAUGAGUUAUGUACAGAGAGGCAGAGGAUUAAAAGGCUAAAGGCUUUGUUGGACAGGAUGAAGGCUGACAUCCAGACCUGCUCAGAUGUCAUCCAGCAGCCAAAACUGCUGAAGGAGAGCAUCCUUAAGCUCCACAAAAGCUACAUCACAGAGGCUGAGAUAAGUGCCAUGCCAACGGAAGACAAGAACCACAGAGGAAGGACACGGGACAGCAGGACUACAAAGAUUCAUGCGCCUGGCAGCACAUCAGUGAGGGACUCACUGAAAAGUGGAAGAAGCUCCGUGACCCUGUCCAAGUCGCCAUACAUUAGCAGCCAAACGCCAAAGCUGGAUAUUCUUAAAAUCAUGGACCUUCCACCCAUAAACACUAGAAACAUCCAGUGA